CUACCAACCAUCAACCAUGAAGAUUCUUAGCUACCUCUUGGUUUACCGAAGGUUGCUGCUCAUUGUCCUCACUCCACUACUUUUACUUCCACUCCCACUUAUCAUCAAAACCAAAGAAGCAGAAUGUGCAUACACGUUGUUUGUGGUUGCCAUCUUUUGGCUCACAGAAGCUUUGCCACUGGCUGUUUCAGCUUUGCUCCCUGCCUUUAUGUUCCCAUUGUUUGGUAUAAUGGGAUCCAAGGAGGUGGCAUCUUCUUAUUUUAAAGACUUUCAUCUGCUGCUGAUUGGAGUAAUUUGCUUGGCAACGUCAAUAGAAAAAUGGAAUUUGCACAAAAGAGUGGCUUUAAGAAUGGUGAUGCUGGUGGGUGUCAAGCCUGCAUGGCUUAUGCUGGGUUUCAUGGUUAGCUGUGCUUUCUUGUCGAUGUGGCUCAGCAACACCUCUGCUGCUGCCAUGGUGAUGCCAAUUGUAGAGGCUGUAGCUCAGCAGAUCAUCAGAGCUGAAGUAGAAGCUGAUGCACUGGAGAUGUCUUGCUCUAAUGGCUCCGUCAACCCAGCACUGGAGCUGGACGAACACAUAGGAGAAUGUGAAAACACUGAGUGGAAAGAAAAGCAAGUUAAUGGAUAUAACAACAGUGUGGCUAGUACUGUGUGCACAGUUGAAAAUGAAAACGAAAAAGGAAAUGAACAGCAGAACCUACCACCUGCUGAAGCAGAGCGAAAAGGCAGAAAGGACAAAUACAAUGGGAUUCUCAAAGUGAUGUGCUUAUGUAUUGCUUAUUCUGCUACCAUUGGAGGGCUGACCACAAUCGCAGGAACAUCGACUAAUCUGAUUUUUACUGAGCACUUCAAUUCACGUUACCCAGAUUGCCAGUGCAUCAAUUUUGGAUCCUGGUUUAUUCUUGCCUUCCCCAUUGGAGUUAUUAUUCUGCUGCUGUCCUGGGUCUGGCUCCAGUGGCUUUUCCUUGGGUUUGAUUUUAAAAACAUGUUCAAGUGCAGCAAGAAGAAAACAGCUAGAGAAGAGGCCUCAUCACGGGUGAUUCAGGAGGAGUAUAAGAAACUUGGACCAAUGAGCUACCCAGAAACUGUUACACUUGUCCUAUUCAUUCUAAUGACCAUUCUGUGGUUCACCAGAGAUCCUGGCUUCAUCCCAGGGUGGUCUUCACUUUUCCCAGAGUAUAAAAGCUAUAUUAUGGAUUCAACAGCUGCCUUAGUGAUAGGUGUCCUGUUCUUUAUCAUUCCAGCAAAAACAUUGUCUAGGACUUCAAAUGGCGAAAACACUGUUUUUGGUUACACUCCACUCAUUACUUGGAAGGAAUUUCAGUCAUGCAUGCCCUGGGAAAUAGCUAUUCUCGUUGGUGGCGGGUUUGCACUGGCAGACGGCUGUGAGGUUUCAAAACUUUCUGAGUGGGUAGCAAGUAAAUUGACCCCUAUAGGAUCAUUACCAUUGUGGUUGGUUAUCCUGAUAUCCUGUCUUAUUGUCACUUCAGUAACGGAAGUAGCCAGCAAUGCAGCUACCAUCACAAUAUUUUUGCCCAUACUAUCUCCUUUGGCUGAAGCCAUUCAUGUGAAUCCACUUUUCAUUUUGAUACCUGCUACCUUGUGUACUUCCUUCGCAUUCCUGCUUCCUGUAUCAAACCCAUCCAAUGCCAUCGUAUUUUCAUAUGGUCAUUUAACUGUUAUGGACAUGGUGAAAGCUGGUUUGGGCAUUAACAUCAUUGGAGUUGCUGUAGUUAUGCUUGCAAUUAUGACAUGGAUAGUGCCUAUAUUUGAUCUCUAUACUUACCCAAGCUGGUUACCAAACAGUCCAUUUACAAAUGACACUGGACUGUAAAAAAAAAAAAAAAAGUCUUGUUUCUUUUCUCACAUGUGCCAAAGGAAAUUUAUUAACUGUUCCUGAACUGUUCCCGAGUUUUAUUAAUGUUCCCAAUACAGAAUUGGCUGUUGUAACCUUAGCCUUGGAUAUGGCAAUGUCUACAGAGGUCCAUGAGUGCACUACACCAUGAAAUCAGGCUUUGACACUGGUAUUCCUUCUUCAAGUUACACAUCUUCAUGGAAGAAAAUAAACAUUUUGCACUGUUUAAGAGAACUCUUCAGAAGUUGUCAACUGUACUAAUUGAUACAGUUUUCAGUAUGACCUGAAGCUCAGUUUGUGCCAGAUGAUUUUUAGCUGUUCAUUUUAUUUACUUUUUGGUUUAUUCAUAGAAUCAUAAAUAAUAUGACAAAAAAGCCCAUCAUGUCUGAACCCUCACAUAAUUCAGACCAUAGAAUUACUUGUUUUCAUGACAGAAAGCAUGGUUAAGUAUUUUAGUAAACAAGAAGAGAGUCAAUUUUUUUAAUGAAGGAUGCACUUUUAAAAACUGUUUUCACUACCGUUGGCAUAUACGGUGAAAAAUAUGCAAAGAGAGAAGGGAGAGAUUUGUAAAGAAAGUCAGUCAUCUGUUGGGCCAUGUGUUUAUAAUUUGUCUAAAUGAAAUGCAGAAUUAUAUAUAAACUGGCUUUCAGUGACCAGUAUUUCAUUGUGUCAUAAUGUACCAAAUUAGUGACAAAAAUGAAAUGAUCAAGCAUGAGGUCUUUGGAGAUUGCAUCCUGUAAGUAAGCCAGUUGUGAAUAAACAAGUUUGUAGUAGUUGGAGUGCAGGGUCUCACCAGGAUUUUUAACUUGUUUAGCCAGAAGUUUAAGGAAUGGGUCAGACACAAUCUUUGAAAUUAUUUGUUAUUAUUGCUAACUUAUCUUUAAAACUUUUGGGAACCUUUUAAGUAAAAAUUAACAAUGCUGCAGUGUAGGGAUUAAUAUUGCUAAAACUUUCUCACCCAAGAACAUUGAAAUGGAGGAAAAAGAGAAUUUCAGAGUGUGGGUAUGCAACAGGUGGAUUUGACUCUGACUGCAGGCACAGAGCACUAUGCUGACUGCCAGUAGAAAUACACUCUACAUAUCUUGCUAUUGUAUUCCUUGCUCUGACCAGAAUUUGUAUUAUGACAAAUGGUGGAAAUGCACCUACAAUUAUUUUAAGAGUUGAUUAAUAUAUAAUGACAUAAACUAUUUGUAAAUUGCUUUGCGCGUAAUUUCCAUAUAAAAUGGUGUGGUUUUUCUUUGUCUCAGAUGAGUCUAAUUAGUCUACUGUGUUAGUACAUAAGUAAUAUUUAUGACUUACUAUUUAUUUGUGGUCCAUUCCUGAUGAAUUAAAAGGAGCCUUUGCCAUGCACUUCAUUAGAGAGAUGUGCCAGGUCUUUGUUCUCCUUUUCUAUGGCCAUGCUAUAUUUAAUAUAUUUUCACUUUGCUUUUGGAAGAUGUACAUUUAGCUUACCAGAAACCACAAACCAUGUGAACCCUGGAAAAAGCUUCUUGAAUUUCCUAUUGUUGCGAUCAGAUAGUCAGAUCAGUCCUGCAGUGUAAAUCCCCCUAUGAACAUUUAAAAUAAAAUGACUGUGUUUGUUUA